GGGGAGAUCGCCAUCAGUCUUCAAAGGCAUUCCCUGUCCACCACGUUCUCCACGCUGCAAACCUCAAUAUGUUAAGCUCCCAUCAAUCCAAAUCCAGCUCGAGCAAGUCCAAGGCGAGCAACUCCAAGGAGAAGGCCAAGUUUGGCAAAGAGAAGGAUAAGAAGUCUGGCAAGGAGAAGAACAAGACCAAAGCGAAAACGAAAAUACAACACAUCAGCCUCUACUGUGCCGUUUAUACACCACAGUUUGGAAACUACUACCACUGGGCCUUUGCAACCCACCACGAGGCAACCGACGAGUAGAACGUAUUCCAGGUUGUACAAGACGAAGAAGAUGGCCCUUUCAGCCCUGACUGUCGUGAAGUCAAUCCGUUGGAUUCACAAAGGUGCCGUCAGCCACUUACAGUUCUGGGGCAGAUGCACCCAGGCUGGUGGGACACCUGCAUCGGAACUGUUCGGACGAUUCCAAUUCCUGGGGAGGGUCUGUCUUGGAACUGCCAGGACUAUGUUAUAGAUAUAUGGGAUGCCAUGCUUGCUGGAGAGAUGAUCAACGAGGAAACAUGGGCUGAGGGCAAAGAAAGGAUGUUCCCCUUUUACGGUCAGAAAUUUGGUGGCCAGGAAAGUGAAGAUGGCAGUAGCGAGGAAGAGGAAGAAGGACGGCAGGGACAAGCACCAUUGUCAGAG